CGCGCGCCGCUACUAUUGGCUGCUCACCGACCACCGCACACAACCUCAUCGACUUAGUGGAUAGCCGACAACCCCGCUGCUUGCAACCACUGCGCCAGGCCUUGCGCUGUCACUCCGGACCGGCUCGUUGUACCUAUUAACGUUAUGCCCCCGGAGACCACUGGACGGCCACUGCUGCCACAAACGGCGCAAAUGCAGAGCUUCACCUUUGCGCCGCCCACGCUGGCGCCGCGUGAGAACCAGCGCAAUUAUGUAUUCGUAGACGAACACAAUAGACACAAACGCUUGAAAGUAAUGAGAGCAUGCGAAGGAUGUCGUAGACGCAAGAUCAAAUGCGAUGCAGCGACGACGAACGCAUGGCCUUGCGCUGCUUGCAUCCGUCUAAAACUCAACUGCGUGCCGCCCACAGUCAGCUAUGACAAAGAUUACAAUGGCUCGCAGACCUUCGAUUUGGAGCCCAAGCCCUUGGAGUAUGCCUCGGAUCCGUCUUCCCAGCAUGACUAUCAACGCCAUCCGUCCAUGUCGCAGGGCAUGUCUCACCAGAUGCCGCCUUCCAUGCCUACCACCCAGGGCAUGUACCAACCUUCACCUUAUGUGGAUCAACAGGCGCCGGAAUCAUGUCACUACCAGGCGAUGUCCCAGCCUCAGGUCAUUCAGCAAACCAUGAGCUAUGCUCCGCAACAUGGCUACUCACAGCAGUCAGCUGCUCCGCCUGCAAUUUUGACCCCGCCAGAAUCUGAACCCCAUUGGCGAAGUGAUUCCGUAUCAAGCCUCUCCGAGGCUUUGGGCGAACUCAAAAUAGACCACACGGCCAUUGCUCCGUACAUCACUAACAUGAAGAAGGCCUUGGCCGAGACACCUGCACAGGAGGAGUACGAAGUACAACUGCCUGCAUCCGUAAGCUUGGACCAUACGGUUCGCAUACCCCCAGAAAUGAUGCCCGAUGAUGAUCGGGCUAUGCAUUACUUUGACUACUUCUUCACCAACAUCCACCCAUAUUGUCCGGUCAUCAAUAAGGCCUAUUUCUUCCAGCAAUGGCACAGCGCACCUGAUUCCAUUUCUCCACUCAUGCUAGAGUCCAUCUUCGCUUGCGCCACCUUAAUGCUGGGCGAUACAGAGGAGGGUAACAAAUGGCUAGCCCUUGCCACGAAGCAUGAAGAGAGCUUCAAAGACGUAUCACGGCUAAGUACGAUGCAGGCAAUGAUAUUGUUGCUGAAAGCCCGUGAAGCUUCACCAAAGCGAGGUUACUUCUGGCGUUCAUGGAUGGCCACUGUCAGCCUCGUAGCCAUGGCGAAGGAUCUCGAACUACAUGAACACUACGACACUCAUCAGAUGGGGAAAUCAUGUGGAUCCACGACGCACGACUGUGUUGCUAAGACCAGGGUAUGGCAGAUGUGCUUGAUCUUCGAGGUCAUGAUCGGAGGUCCCCAAGGGCGCUACGACUUUGGUGUUACUACUGACACGGUAGAUUUGGAGAUGCCAAGGCACAUCGCAGGACAAGAUCCUUCUGAGCUUCAGGUUGCGCGUCAGUUCGUUCAAUACGCCCGCAUUGCCAAGAACGUCCACCACUCGGCCCUCAUCUACGGCAAACUAAGGAAGAAGAACCCGGACUGGGCACUGGAUCCGGCUUUCGUUGGACACAACACCGACUUCUCUCUCUGGCUACGUGAGCUUCCUGAGGACAUGCAAAUCGUCUACCCCCAGGAUGGUUCUGCUCCUUGGAUUCCCUCUCAUCAGCUGGCGAAUAUGCACAGCUACCAUUGUUUGGCCAUCAUCAUGCACUUUCGUCCGCAGUUGCAUGCUGUAUCUGAGUCUUAUGACGGUAUAUGGAAGCAGCAUAUGCUCACUUGCUAUUCGGCUGCAAAGAAUCUAUGUAAGCUCCAGGAGGCGAUUUUGAAGACAUACGGCAUGCCCGGUUUGCUGUGCAUGAUGCGAGGCAUAAGCUUUCACAUCUAUGCUGUGUUGACUUGCACUAUGCUUCACCUGGUUGCCGUGACAUGUCCUGACCCUGACAUCAAUCACGAUGCCAGAAGCUUUUUCGUACGCCACAUGCGCGUCCUGGAAACUGUUUCCCCUUCGUUUCCUAUGCCUGAGAUGCAGCAGCAAGUGAACAGCCUUCGUCAAGCAUUUUCGGCCGACUGUUCGAAACCUUUUGACCUGAAACCAUCAUUCCCGUUGGGGAGCCCCCAAGUGACUACACAGACAAGUCCUAUGGGACAUCAGGGAUCAUACCGACCUCGUCAUCCGAGCCAUCCCUCGCCCUUGGAACAACCAGGUCAGGCCAACUACCUAGCACACCCCAUUACUCCACCAAUUUCGGUAUCCGACCGCGGAUCCAAGGCUGACUCUCCCGUAGCUCAGUCUUUGGUUAUGAUGGCAUCUGGUCACCGUGCGGCCCAGCCAGCUUCCAGCAUACAAAUGCCGGAGAAUGUUCAAUGGAACCCCCAACGCAUCUUUGAUCAGUGGAAUGUAGCCUUUGGUACGCCCCCUCCUACUAGCGCCUCCUCUCAGGCGUCUCCGCCGCUAAGACCCAAUCCUCCAGGAACCAAUUACGAUAUGCGGCCGGCACAGGAGGGCAUGCAACCCGGGUACCAAAUAUCAAAUACGUCACCUCAGUCCAGCCAUGUCCAUGCGGCAGCAGGUCAGAUGCCACCCUCGUCGACCUAUGCAAACGCUGCACCUAUAUAUGUCACCCCAACGAUGUGGCAGGAAGCGGUUGCCAGUUCCAUACCGGACGGGUUGAAGCGCAGGUGGGACGACAACGCUUCCAUGGCGGACCAGUCAAUGUACAAACGUGCACGUUGAAUGAUGACGUCAAGCUUUGAUCAAAAUUACAUCGUUUGUGCUAUGCACUCCAGAGAAGCUUCAAUGGGUGGAAAAGUCUGGACUUGCAAGCCCAUGUUUACUCUAUCGUCAAGAUAAUGCCACGGCGAAGAUGGUAGCAUGCUGCGCUUCUGCGGCAUUGAAAUUGCUGUCCAAGUCUUGUAUUUGGUGGAU